AUCGCUUUUACCCAGCGACGGCCCGUCGUCUGCCCCCGCCGUCGGUAUCCACCAUUGGCAGCGCUGUUUCGUCCAGCAAAGAGUCGACAGAGGACGGGGAGAAACCGUCGGGAGAGAGAGAGAGAGACAGACAGCCGAGUGGAGGUGGAGUCUUUAGGUGGGGAGGGAGAAGAAAGGGGAGAGGAGGAAAACGGGGAAAGGCAGAUACAACAGAAACAGGGGGGGGAGGACGACGGAUGAUUUACGCUUUAAAAGUUGCAUUACAACAAAUCUAAAGAGUUGCGGGCGAAGAGGAAUAAAACAAGAUGAUAACGCCCUACUUCCUAGAGAAUUUCUGGGGGGAAAAAAAUAAUGGCUUCGACGUGCUGUACCAUAACAUGAAGCAUGGCCAAAUCUCCUCCAAGGAGCUGACAGACUUCAUCAGAGAAAGGAGUACAAUUGAAGAGGCCUAUGCCAGGUCCAUGACCAAACUGGCCAAGUCAGCCGGGAACUUUUCCCAACUCGGGACCUUUGCACCAGUGUGGGAAGUGUUCAAGAGCUCGACAGAGAAGCUGGCCAGCUGUCACAUGGAGCUAGUGAGGAAACUGCAGGAACUUAUAAAAGAGGUUCAGAAGUAUGUGGAAGAGCAGGCCAAAGCACACAAAAAGACAAAGGAGGAGGUUGCGUCCACUUUGGAGGCCGUACAGAACAUCCAGACCACCUCGCAGGCUCUGCAGAAGUCCAAGGAGAUCUACAAUGCCAAAACCGUGGAGCAGGAGCGCCUCCGCAAAGAAGGGGCCACCCAGAGAGAUGUGGACAAGGCUGGAGUGAAAGCCAAAAAAGCCACAGAGACCUACAAGUCAUAUGUGGAGAAAUACGCCACGGCAAAGUCCGAGUUUGAACAGAAGAUGGCGGAAACUGCACAGAAAUUCCAAGACAUCGAAGAAAGCCACAUCCUCCACAUGAAGGAGAUCAUUCAUUCAUACUCGCAGUCUGUCGACGAAACGCACGUUCAAAUAGGAGAGGUCCACAACGAAUUCGUGAGGAACAUCGAGAACACCUCAGUGGAAAGCCUAAUACAAAAACUGGCUGAGAGCAAAGGAACAGGCAAGGAGAGACCAGGACCCAUUGAGUUUGAGGAGUGCAACACAGCUAUCGCCACUGAAGGUGCCAAACCCAGAAAGAGAAAACCAUUUGGCAUCCCGGGUCGUAGGAAAGACAAGGACACAGACUCCACGGAGUCUACAGAAGUCGAAGCUGCUAACACUGCCAAUGGCGCUCCCCCCGGAUACUAUGGCGCCAUAGACAUCCAGAACGCUAACGUUCCCCAAGUUGACGCAGAGGGCUUCGUCAUCAGACCAGAAGUGAAUGAAAAUGAUGCCAAAGAGAAUUCCUUCUACUCAUCCAGUGACUCCGAGGACGAAGAUGAACCCAGGAAGUUCCACGUAGAAAUCAAGCCCGUUCAGCCAAACAACGGCACGCAUCAAAACCGAGCCACCAUCGACGAGCUUAAAGCCUCCAUUGGAAACAUCAUCCUGUCUCCCUCGACCUCGGGACAGAUGCGGAGGAACCAGUCCAGUGAUGAGCUGGCAAAACCCAGAGUGCCAACCUCAUACGACCUGGCCAACAAUGACCUUCUGUCUCUGGACCCAUUCAGUCCGACUCUUGGCUCCUCUUUCUCAUCAUCAACAACAGACCUUGCCUCUAUCUUCCUUUCAAUCCCUCCAUCUCCAUCUUUUCUGAUGAAUGACUCAGACGUCUUUCUGCCCGAGGCAUCAGCUGAGACGGCACCGCAACGGGAGCGCUCUCCACCACUGGCAGAGAGCCAGCUAUCCAAAAACGUCUCCUCGUUCUCUUCAUCUACAUCCUCGCCAUGGGACUCACCAGAAAACCCUUUCCAAGCACUCAAGCCAGUACCAGCGAGGGCCCAGAGCGCCCCCAUCACCCUGCCGACCGAGCCAGUCGACCCCAUCAAGAGCUCGCCUGCCUCCAGCCCUCCAAAGAGCGUCGACGCCUUCUCCUCCGUAUCCUGGUCCCAGAGUCAGUGGAUCGCAUUCAGUGACAAUUUCGUUCCACCUCGCCAUCAGGGCUCAGGGACCGGGCAUGCGAAGGAGCUCCAGAUGCCUCAGUCUGGCUCUGGCAGGUCAAGUCGCUUCCUCUCUGAUGACUCUGCUGACGCCUACUGCAAAGCGGCAGGCAGCAGAGAGGACGCCAGUCCCUGUGUCUCUGAUGUCUUCUCUGGGAUUACAGAUAGGGCAAUGGCAGCAGCUCCAUCAAGCAAAAUAUUCAAUGUACCAGUACCAAACCGACCCACGACCCCACUGACGGCUGGAGCCCUGGUGCCCCCGCCACGACCCUCCUCCAGGCCUAAACUCCCCACUGGGAAACUCACAGGAAUCAAUGAGAUUGUACGGCCGUUCAGCCCGCCCAAGACAUCUAACGCCAGCCCCCCUCCUACUGCACCACUCGCCCGGGCUGAGAGCUCCUCCUCCUUGUCCUCAAAUGCCUCACUCAGUGCUGGCAACACCCCCACUGUUGGAGCCGAGCACACCUUUGCUCCCUCCCUCUCCUCCCCAGAGCCAGAGCUGCUCUCCCUCUCUCCUUUCUUUCUACUAAGCCAAAAGGAUGAUGUGUUCAUAGCGAAGCUGCCUACCUUUGAGAAGCGGUGUGAAACACCAGCAGGGACGUCUCGCGGCCCCAGCCCUGUGACCCUGGCAUCCCAAGAUGCUUUGCCCAUUGCAGUUGCCUUCACAGAGUCGGUUAAUGCUUACUUCAAAGGAGCUGAUCCCACUAAGUGCAUUGUGAAGAUCACAGGAGACAUGACCUUUUCGUUCCCGAUGGGCAUCAUCAAGGUGUUCACCACCAACCCCUCCCCGGCCGUGCUCACUUUCAAACUGAAGAACACCAGCAGGCUGGAGCAGAUCCUACCUAACCAACAGCUACUAUACAGUGAUCCUUCCCAAAGUGACUCUAAUUCCAAGGACUUCUGGUUCAACAUGCAAGCACUGACGUCCUACCUCAGAAAAGCCUCAGAACAGAAUCCUUCAGCUUCCUACUAUAAUGUGGACAUCCUAAAAUACCAGGUGCUGUCUGAUGGGAUCCAUUCCACUCCACUCAACCUGACUGUAUACUGGAAGUGCACACCGAGUACAUCAGACCUGCGGGUGGACUAUCGAUACAACCCGGAGUCCAUGGCCUCCCCUGGUUCACUCACCAAUGUGCAAAUCUUAGUGCCUGUCGACGGAGGAGUCACCAGCAUGCAGUCUCUGCCCAACUCCAUCUGGAAUUCAGAGCAGAAUAAAUGUCUUUGGAAGCUGAGUGACAUCUCAGAAAAGUCUGAAAAUGAAGGCGCCGGGUCCCUGAGGGCCAAGUUUGAACUGUCAAACGGACCCUCGAAUCCUUCAACUCUGGCGGUGCAGUUUAUGAGUGAGGGGAGCACCCUGUCAGGAGUGGACAUGGAGCUGCAGGGGACCGGAUACAGACUUUCUCUCAACAAGAAGCGAUUUGCCACAGGGCGUUAUAUGGCAGAUUGCUGAGGUGACCCACCACUCUGGUUCUCAAUUAAAAAAAAUUAAAAAAUCUCGCUCGACACAAAAGUUGGCAACUUUGCGAGGCUUCCUGAACCCCCUGGAUCCAUCUGAGCACAGUCAGGCUUUUGCCCCCGCGGGGAGGCGAGAAUCUCACUACAAUAAAACAGCACUGAGUAUUGAACACUGUUUAAAAUAAAAAGAAAAGAAAAAGAAAAAGAAGAUGAGCUUUCAGGAAAUGUGUAGAUAUGAAGUUUAAUAAUGCUUUCUGAUCAAUUCACUUUUGUAUAGUCAGAAACAAUUUAUGGAUUAGAUAUAAAUCUUAUAUUGUAUUUGAAAUCAUAAAAAAAAAAGAAAAAAAAGUGCACUAACAAUCUUUCAGAUGCUUUUUCCUCUUAUAUUCAUUUCUCAAGAGCCUAUAUGGAAUAUAAAAAAAAUCAUUUCUACGUGGAAGAGAUGAUUUCUCUCUCCAAACUGUAAAUAUUAACCGCUCGACCAGCUCUGACUCAACUCUCAAACCAGUUUUGUUUACUGAUUCUUUUCUCUCCUUUCCUCACCAUUUGUCUGUUUUUUUUUGUUUUUUGUUUUUGAUCAUGUGCAAUGAAACAAUGAAGGUAGAAUCUGUCUUAAACAGUACUCACACACUUGUGGCACAAGCUUGACCACUGAAGUGCUUUCAAACAGAUGCAAAAAACAAAAAAAAAAGAAAUGUACCUGACCUCAGUGCCUCCUCUUAUACUGUGGAUCAAUGGGCAACAAACGCAAAUUUCCAGACUUAAGCUACGUGUUUUCUUUAAACAAUCACCCAUAAUGGGGUCUGUGAUCAGUGUGAAUUGCUUUCCUUGUAAAUUCCCCCUUUCAGUCUUUUUUUUUUUUUUUUUAAAGGACCAGUGUGUAUGAUUUAGUGGCACCUAACCGUGAAAUUGCAGAUUGCAACCAACUGAAAAACAUUCGAGGUCCUAUAUUGAGCCAGUGUUUGGUUUGUCUGUUCUGGGCUACUGUAGAAACAACUCUGUAAGAGCGCCCCUGCUCCUUCUGUAAGUAAAAAAAAAAGGCUCAGGUAACGAGAACACAACAGGUGAUUAUUACACACUUAUGAAAACUGCCAAUAAAUCCCCCUAAAUCUUACACACUGGACCUUUAAGGCCUUAUUUUUUUAUUUUUCAGCUGUAAAACGUGUCAAAUAUUAGAUGCUUUUUAAAAAAAAAAAUCAAGGGACAUUACCCCAAAUUUAACCUGUAGCCUUUAAAAAAAAAUGGCAUUUUUAAGCACACUUUGUGCCCUAUUGGAGAAAUGUGCCUGAUUCUUAACUUUUCUCAA